AUGACAUAUCGCGGGUCUAUGCCCCAUGGCCACGGGUCAGGGUUUAAUGGCCAACAAAACCAAUAUCCUCAGCCUGUUAACAACGUUAAUAAUGGCUAUGACGCCUGGGGAAACCCUCAAUAUCAACUUUAUCAGACUAAUGUCUUCAUGCCUAUACAAUACUCUCAUCCUCAGUCUCAACAUCAGCCUCAGCCUCAGCAUCAACCUCAGCGUCCACCUCAACCUCAAUCUCAUCACCAACAUCAACAUGAUACCCACCAACAAAUCCAUUCGCCGCAAAAUGCGAACCAUCAAUUCCAAUCCUACGAUCCCUCCUUCGAUCAACGGCCCUUGCAACCUUUGCAACCUUUGCCUCAAAACGGUGUAAACGCGCCAGGUCAAAUGGUGCACGGCAUGCAACAAACCGUCCAACAAACUCCCCAUCAACAUCAAUACGUUCAACAAGCCGACUGGCAGCCCAUGCCACCCCCAAUGCCUAUGCCUUCGCCCUCUUAUCAACAACCUCCGUCGCAAAUUCCUACACCCGUAACGCCACAAGCGAUAUCCCAACCUCCACCUCAAUACCAAUACCAACAUCACCAAUAUCAGCAACAGCAACAGCAACCUCAACAUCAUCCUCAGCAACAACACCAACGUUCUAUGCAUCAGAAUAUUGUCAGUUCGCCGGUUCCCGUCCAGUCUCCCCAAUUGCCACCUCAGUUCACACCGACCCUCAAUAAUAGGCAUGCGAAUCCAAGCGCACGAAUGGAUCAUACCAACCGUAUAUCCGCAAGCCCUCGACUGGGUACACAUAGCGUGGCGAGAAGCCCGAGCGUAUCGUCAGCUAGAUCGCCUGCUCCGACACCAGGGCUUGUGCCACAUCAUGCAGACACUAAUUCGCUUCUGAUCUGUCUCGCCGAGGAGUUCUUUACUAAAGCGCGGAAGGAGUCGAUACCUAUGGUGGAUAAUGUCGAUGCUCAAUGCCUGCACGAAUACCAGAAGCUCGUUGCCACGGGACUAGGCUGCCUCGAAGUAGUUUUGGAUAGUCCGAAGUUGGCGCCGCGACUAGAAGCCCAAGUACGAUUUCGCUAUGCUAGCAUAUUGUGCGAGGAAACCAAUAAUGUGAUGGAAGCCGAGACCGCUCUCACCAAGGGUAUUACCCUUUGCGAAAGAAAUCGAUUCGCCGAUUUGAAAUAUGCCAUGCAUUUCCUUCAGGUGAAGCUUCUCUUUGCGCAACAGAAAGUAAAGGCAGCCAUGAUCGCCGUUGACGGUCGGAUACGGGACGCCGAAGUAAUGAAGCAUUACCAUUGGGUUUACGCGUUUCGCUUCUUGAAGACCUCUAUCUAUCUUCAGUCCGCGAACCCGGCUGAAACGCACGCACUCGAAAAUUUGAAAGCGAUCGCUACCCUAGCUAACCAUAACAACGACCGUGCCAUAUUCGUAGCUGCCUCUUUACUGGAGGGUCUAAGUCUCCUCAAGACUAUGAAAGACGAUGCUAUUGUUCGUAUACAGGCUUGUAUCGCUUCAGCUAUGAAGUAUCAGCUCGAGGAUUCGUUUCACAUUCCGCAACUCCAUAUCCUGGCACUCAUGCUUGAUCUCGCCUGCAGUUUACACCAGAAAUCGGUCCAGGUAAUCAGUCAGAAGUCGAAAUGUCUCCAGGACCACAUAGAUGCCUCCAUGAACGAUAAAUCGUGGUCCCCUAUAGAUGCGGAACUACUACUUCCUAUUCGGAAAGGCAACCCGCUGGUAAUCAGCCGGGAUACGUCGGCUGUACUGAGGCCUGGGCAAGAUAAUAGCCCUUACGACUACCUAGCCAUGUCUUUCUGGACUAAACUGGAAGCAUUCACCGUAACGUACACAUAUAGCGGCCUCGCGCUUUUGUAUCAAACUCCUCCAGGCAUUCGACUUCAAGGACUUCCUAAUUCUCUGACGGAUGCUAUCACGAGAUUGGAUUGGCAAAAAGAAUGGAUGUGCUAUCUCUACAUUCUCCAAGGCUUACACCUUGCAACACACACUCGAUGGAGUGAAGUAAAGCAGUGUGUGACACAUCUGGAGAGUAUGGUCAAACCUCCGCUUGAAGGUAUUGUCGUGUUGUAUUCGACAUAUCUCGCGGGGGUAUACCAUCAAGGAACCGGCGAUCUGAAGACGGCUAGUAUGAUCUACGGCAAUGAGAUUUUUAGCCUCGAUGACGACAACGUCAGAAAUGGAAGUCGGAAAACGGCCGAGAUGGAGGUCUCGUUACUGGCUACUUUCAAUCGGAUCUGGAUCAUGCAACAUCCGGACUAUAGGGACGAUCGAUUAACGCUAGACCUCCUAGAGCAGCUUCGCCCGCUCUGCGCCGAUCACCCGAACCUAGAGAUUCGCACAGCAUACAACCUAGUGUUAGCAGCGGUGCAGACGAACCCGCCGAUCCCGAUGACGGCGGUCAAGAUGCACAUAUCAACAGCAUUAAGCAACGCGCAGUCCUUAGGCAAUGUACAGACAUUAUCUAUCGCGCUCAACGUCAUGCGCGCCAAGCUCUUCCAGGACAUCGUGGGGGAUCAGGCGCUGAAGAGCGCGAAGGCAGCCUCGAACCAGGCCAAGAGGAGUGGCAAUACGCUCUGGAUGAGCGUGGCUGACGGCAUGCUCGCACAGAGCUUCGACGUUCAGGGCCAGAGUCUGGACGCGCAAAAAGCUUGGGAAGAUGCGACGCAAUAUGCACAGCAAGCAUUCGACGGGAUGGGAAAUGAGAGAGCCGUGUAA